AUGUCAAUGUUCAGAUCUGCUGCGGAAAUUUCUUCUGAUAGCUCCGAUGAAAGUGACCAUGAACUCGUCACAGCUACACCUACCUCCCCUGAGAGUAAACCAAGGGCUAUCGAUAAAGGCGUGAAAUCACCACCCCUUCUCACAAGCGAAAAUGUCGAGCCCUACUCGGGUCGUGCCACUCCCAAGGAUCCGCUCGAUGCCGAGCCGGAGGGCCAUGCGAACUUGAUGACCGCUGCUCUUUUGGAGUUUUAUUGUAUGAGUCGGGCCGCCGAUAUUCUCAAUGCUCAGCCAGGCUCGCAGAUGCGGUUCACGCGUGAUUCCCCGGAAGUCCAAUAUCUGGGAAAGAAAAUGUACGCCUAUAAAUCUCAGUUCCUGUCAUCUCAUGGAGUAUUACCGGAUGGGAUUGAGAAGGACGAGUGGGGAACCACACGUCAGUAUUAUCGUGAUAAUCUAGAUGUUCUCGGCGUGUCUGCGUUAGAGGACCUCAAUUUGCGUGAUACUGCAGAGCGCGCACCCGCAUUAGGUGCUACAGGGGAUGUUGUCCUCGCUUCGAAGAGCACAAAGAGCGCUCAGCUGCGAUCAACUAAUGAGCGUAUCGGGCCAUCCAGACCCCAACUUCGUCGACCUAAGCUGUCUGAUAUUGGAAAACGACUCACCAGCGCGGAACGAAUCGGACCAUUGGAGGAUAUACGUCUUGACUUCAGAAGCUUACCCACUCAGUCUUUUCCGCACCUGAGCAGCUCCCCUGUCAGCUUUACCCUUUUUGACAACCCUCCGCCCAGUCUCCGCCUCUCUCGUUAUGCAAUGGAAUUUUCCGAAGUCCGUAUGCUGGGUCGUGGGUCGUUUGGUGAAGUCUAUCAUGUGAAGAAUCAUAUUGAUGGCCAGAGUUACGCGGUGAAGAAGAUCCCACUUAGCCAGCGACGACUUGAGCAGUUGCAACGCGGGGGUGAAAACCAGCUCGAGAGUAUCAUGAAGGAAAUCAGGACCCUUGCUCGACUUGAACAUACAAACGUCGUACGGUACUAUGGUGCAUGGGUGGAGCAGGCUCACGUCUCUGGAUAUAUGCCACCACACGAGGACGACGACUCUAUCGAACCCAACAUUGACGAUGGCCAAAAUAACCUGUUAAGUCAUGGCGGUCCGGAGAGCCAGAGUUUCGGAAUUGUGUUCGAGGAUUCGGAAAGCGCCGACUUUGCUCAGGUGAAGUCUUCCGUGGAGCAUGAGUCAAUGAUCUCCACCCGAUCCAGGCGGCGGAGUAGUCAUGCCACGGCCACCUCACGCUCUUCAAAGAAGAGCUCUUUCCAGAGCGUAGGCGAAGAACACGAGGAUGUUGAAUCCAUACCGCGUGAUAUGCUUGCUUUCUCACAUGGAAUGUCAACAUUCGGGGACACCGAUGAUAUAUUCACCGACGGUUACAGCCAUGAUCCUUCCAAGCUUCAGGUGCAGAGGCGUCCGAACCGUCCACAGAUUCCCGCUGUCGUCCUACACAUUCAAAUGUCUCUCCACCCUAUUUCUCUCAGCUCCUACCUCAACCCACAGGCAGAUAAGACAAGAAGGGAUUGCCACAAUGCUAUACCCAGACGCCACUGCUUUCACCUUGUAGCAUCGUUGAAGCUGAUGCUAAGCAUCAUGUCUGGAGUCGACUACCUUCAUUCCAAGGGGAUAGUGCAUCGCGAUCUGAAACCCGCCAACAUAUUCCUUUCUACACCGGACAACCGCGAUCUUGAUGGCUGUUCCUCGUGUCAAUCGUUGAAUUACUCUGAGUCUCGCUAUUGCCACCCACGCAUUGGCGAUUUUGGGCUUGUGGCGGAUAUAUCCCACUUCAACGAUAAUUGCCCUGUCGACCACGACUCCAAAAUCAACCGCAUUGUCGGUACAGAGUUCUAUCGUCCUCCUUUUAUCGCGAAUAACAUUGGUGAACUGGGAGAGACUCCUGAGCUUGACCAUGCACAUGUCUACAAGAUCGAUGAAACUCUAGACAUAUGGUCUUGA